UGUGUACUUCACCGACUGGAGGCUGGGUGGAAUCGUGAGGGUCCGUAAAACAGACGGAGGGGAGAUGAUGAUCAUACGCCGAGGGAUCAGCCACAUCAUGCAUGUCAAAUCCUUCAACGCUGACUCGCAGAUUGGAUCUAACUUCUGCAACAGGCAAACAAACCCAAAUGGAGACUGCAGUCAUUUCUGUUUCCCAGCGCCGUACUCCCAGCGAGUGUGUGGCUGUCCAUACGGAAUGAAGCUGGAAGCGAAUCAGCAGACGUGUGUGGACGAUCCAUCCAAUGAGCCGCCGACCCUCCAGUGUGGCUCUAACUCCUUCUCGUGCACUAACGGGAAGUGUGUCCCCCAGAGCUACCAAUGUGACGGCGUCGAUGACUGCCAUGACAACAGCGACGAGGCCAACUGUGGCGCUAAUAGUAAUGCUUUACUUUAUAUUUCAUGCAAAUAUUCAUGUGCUGAUAGAUA